UAUUCUGAUAAAAACACUGAAAUUGCACAAGAGAUCCAAUCAACAGUAUCUCAUUAGUGGAAGUAAUCUAAUUUUUGUCAAAUCUGAGCACGUUUGUUUAAAUGUCUGGUAAUAUUUUAAUGGGAUUGUUCCAUUUAGGAGAGUGGUGUUUUGGCAUGAGUGAAUUAGGGGCAAAUUAUUGCCAAACCAGGCGUAAUGACCCGCCCUACUGUACUGCGUGAACCUGGUCAAGAAUAUGCCGAAAUAACGUAGCUAAAGAUGCACUGAAUAAGAUUUGAAUAGUAAACGAAGUUAGCAGUGGCGGAUAAAAAAGAGCAAUAAUAAAGAGUUGUGAGUGGUUAAAAUGAAUGAACAACGCUUCCAAGUUCUCUUAAACAGUCGCUUUGUACUGAAAUGAGUUGAACGGAAAAUAGAGCAAACCCAACAGCGCAAUUAGGCUACUUAAAUAAAUUAACCCAUACCUGUGUUAGUCUACUAAAAACCAAUUAUUAAGUCUAAUGAGGCGCAUUAUCUAGUCCCAAAGAAACUUCUACUUAACACACAAGUCAAUCGGACACAGAUCUAAACGCAGUGACCCUCUCAAAUGUGAUUAUUGAAUUGAUAUUAAAUGAAUCUGUUAUCACAGAAGUUAAGUCACCUAGCUGUGUCUGAUCUUAAUUAAAACUGGUGUCGGAUGGGUUGUUGUUCUUGUGUUCGGCUGAGAUUCGAUCCGCACCGGCAACAGCAGGCCUAAUUCAUCUCUAGUGUUUUUGCCGUAUAUAAAACAGUAGCCUAUCUGUUGUGUUCAGUUCAUACUUUGAGAGAAAAGCUGGUUCUCUGAUUGAUCUUCAGUCAGACCUAUAGACGCAAAAUACAUAUUUUAUUCUUAACGUCGCGCGUCUAUUCACUUCGCUGCUUGCUUGAGUUUUCAGAAACACAUUGCCAUGACUCUCUGUAUGUUUCUGCUGGUUAUGAGUCGUCGCUUGUGCUUUCACCAACAAACACUGUGUAAUUCAGCUGGCCACAGCAGCGGCGCUCCGUGUUUAUCCAGCAGCGGGGCGGAAUGAAGCCCGCAUUAUUCCAGCACUUUCUCUCCCGGGAGCUUGAACACACCGCCAAACCUUCAACAGUAGCUUGUUAGCAGAAGUGAAGCUAAAAUAACACACACACAACACACGCUGAGGCGAACUGACGCCACCGUAUGAUUGCUGGAAAAAAGACGAAUUCUAAAUAAAGUCAAAGCCUCAGUGUUUGUAGCAGUUUUUCCUGAACAGGUCGAUCUUGUUCGUGAGGUGUUUGAGUGCUGGGUUAUGAACAGAAAUAUCCCAUUACAACUCCAUUACACAUUCAGAAGAAAUACUUGACAACCUCCGAUAAUAAAAAAUAAACAUUCCUUUGUGUGUAUUGUUGCAGGUUUUUCAGCAGAUCUAUAUCCUGAGAAAGACGGCGGAUGGAUUCAUUCUGAAAAGAACUGAGAUCGUGUAAAAAACAAGCGUGUUAACGUUCCAUUGGAGGACCUAAAGCCCUGCGAGAACAACUAGACCUACCGAAGACACCUGUGGCCGCAGAGCGAGAGGACCGAUGUCGGCGGAGGAGCACAGUAUGUCAGAGGUGGAAAUGAGUCCCGGGGUCUCGGACGACGGUCACUCCAUGUCCCCCGGACACUCGUCCGGUGCUCCCGGCGGGGCGGACUCCCCUCUUCCCGGUCAGGCGUCUCAGAUGCCGGGCGUCGGUGAUGAUGAGGCCGGCGUCUCCACCGGGGUCUCGGUGAAGUCCGACGAAGACGAUGACCGUUUCCCCAUCGGCAUCCGCGAGGCGGUCAGUCAGGUGCUUAACGGCUACGACUGGACCCUCGUACCCAUGCCCGUGCGCGUGAACUCGAGCAGCAAGAACAAGCCGCACGUGAAGCGCCCGAUGAACGCGUUCAUGGUGUGGGCGCAAGCCGCGCGCAGGAAACUGGCUGAUCAAUACCCGCACCUGCACAACGCCGAGCUCAGUAAAACACUCGGAAAACUCUGGAGGCUGCUGAACGAGUCGGAUAAGAGGCCAUUUAUCGAGGAAGCUGAGCGUUUGAGGAAGCAGCAUAAGAAAGAUUAUCCCGAGUACAAGUACCAGCCACGUAGACGCAAGAACGGCAAACCGGGAUCAAACUCUGAGGGUGACGCCCAAUCUGAGGGUGAGGUCAGUCACAGCCAAUCGCAUUACAAAAGUCUGCAUCUGGAUGUGGUACAUGGCGGGGCCGCAGGAUCGCCAUUGGGCGACGGACACCACCCUCACACUACAGGUCAGAGUCACAGCCCUCCGACGCCCCCUACCACUCCUAAGACAGAAUUGCAGGGCGGUAAAUCCGGUGAGGGGAAGCGUGAGGGCGGAGCCUCCAGGAGCGGUUUGGGGGUGGGAGCAGACGGAAGCUCCGCCUCCUCAUCUGCCAGCGGAAAACCGCACAUCGAUUUCGGAAACGUGGACAUUGGCGAGAUCAGCCAUGAUGUGAUGGCCAACAUGGAGCCGUUUGACGUGAACGAGUUCGACCAGUACCUGCCGCCCAAUGGCCACCCGCAGUCAUCGAGUGGCACAAGCGCUGGGUCUUCGGCUUCGCCGUACACUUACGGCAUCUCCAGUGCAUUGGCAGCCGCUAGCGGUCACUCCACCGCCUGGCUUUCCAAGCAGCAGCUGCCAUCCCAGCAGCACUUGGGAUCGGAUGGCGGCAAGAUGCAGAUUAAGAGUGAGACGCACUUCUCCAGUGAUGCAGCGGCUGCGGCGAGCGGGUCGCACGUCACAUACCUGCCACACUACAGCGCCGCCUUCCCCUCGCUGGCGUCCCGUGCGCAGUUCGCCGAAUACGCUGAGCACCAGGCGUCCGGCUCGUACUACGCCCACUCUAGCCAGACUUCUGGCCUUUACUCCGCCUUCUCCUACAUGGGCCCUUCGCAGAGGCCCCUGUACACCACCAUUCCAGAUCCCGGCUCUGUGCCGCAGUCGCACAGCCCAACACACUGGGAGCAGCCUGUAUACACCACCUUAUCUCGACCGUGACGCGACGUUCUGGUUUGGUAUCCAGUCGAUGAAGGGUCCAACAAAAGUGUGACUGAAAAUCAUGACAAACGCUCACCUGCACCACAAUCUACACAGACAGGAACCUGAGAGAAACUUGUGUGUGUGGAGAUCUGCAGGGAACAUAUUCUCACGUGCCUCAGGCUGAUAAAACCUUCACAACCCGUCACAGAUUCACUCAACGCUAGAUGAAUUAAAGGAGGCAGACAUUUGACACCAGUGGUCCUUCAUGAGACAGAUUACCAAAGUUCUGAGACCAAAACAUU